AUGGAAAAGAAAAGGAGAGAUUUUACUAUGAAGGAAAAGGUUGACAUUUUAAAUCGUUACAAUAAAUUGCCGAAAAUGAGCCAAAGGAAUGUUGCUGUUCAAUUUAAAGUUUCGCAGCCGCUUUUGUGCAAAAUUUUAAAAAAUCGUGAAGAUAUCGUAAAAAAGUGCACUUUGAACGAAAAUCUGAAUUGUAAAAGAAAUCGAGAUGGAAAAGACAAAGAGGUUGAAUCUGCAUUAAAACUCUGGUUCACAAACGUUCACGAAAGGGGCGCUUGCGUAAAUGGUCCAAUUUUGCGCCAAAAAGCUGAAGAUUCAGCUGCAAAAUUGGGUAAAGGAAACUUCAUAGCCACAGAAAGAUGGUUCCACUGCUGGAAAAAGAGGCAGAACAUACUCUUCCGAAGGACAUACGGUGAACAAAAAGAUGCCGAUAAUGUAGCCGCAGAUCAGUGGUUUAAAGAAGAAUGGCCUAAAUUUAUUGCCACAUAUUCACUUGAAGAUGUAUAUAACGCUGAUGAAACUGGCCUAUAUUUUCGUGCGUUGCCUGAACACACCUACAUGUUUCAGAAGGAAAGUACUCAAGGGUGUAAAACCUCCAAGGAAAGCCUAACUUUGCUAUGUUGCGCUAGUAUGACCGGCACUAAAGAAAACCUUUUGGUGAUUGGAAAAAGUAAGAAGCCUCGCUGUUUCAAAGGUGUGAAAAAUCUGCCCGUCGAUUAUUUUGCCAACCAAAUGGGAUGA